UGCCAGGGACAGUUUCCCUGACACUCCGUGUCCUUCUUCAUCAGAGGAAGAAGAUGAGGUGGUCGCGAGUGUCAUGACUUUCUUACACUCGGAGCCCUCCACCUCAACCAAGGCAGCACAGGCAGCUCCUGCAAAGACCCUGGCGGUCAACCCCUGUCUGGAUGAAGAUGAGGUAGUCCCCAGCACCUCCAUGAUUGAGGGCUCCCUAACGACCACUCAGGCAGCAUGGGCAGCUUCUGCACAGAUCUUGGAAGAAGAGGUUGGGGGAGCUGAUGUCUCUGAGCUGAGUAUCGGCUCCCUGACCCCCACCGAGGCCAGGCAGGACCUCCUGGAGAAGAUUCCCUCUCUCCUGCCGGGUGAGAUCCUCAUCGAAGAAGACAUCCCCCUUCUCAGCACUCCCAGGGACACCGUUAUGAGCCCCCAGACCCUGAAGCUCAUCCUCCAGGGCAUCAUGCGCCGACUGGAGGCCUCAGAGUCCCCCCGGGCUAGGAGGGCCAACGACCCCUUCAGGCUGAUGAAGGAUCUCUUUCUGGAGGUCCAGCAUGCCCUUAAGUAUGCUGACAUCUCUGUCCUCUUCAGCCUGGAGGAGAGCAUUCAAUUCAGGGGGGAAGAUGCAAUGAAGGCCAUCGUUAAGGCUGCGGCUAAAAGGUUGUCCCUGCGCUCGGACUCCAACCGGGCUCAACUGCGCGCCGUACGCUAUGGUGGCGAGGGAGCCAUCUAUUGCAUGGCAGACACCAUCGCAAAUGUCAUAGACGACCACGCCCAGGACUGGAGUUCUGACGGCCAUUUUGGAGCAAGUAGGAGCCGUGGUAGGGGGAGGUCACGCUCCUCCUCAAGCUCCUGAAAGAGUGACAUCACCCUCACAGAGGAACUCUUGGCCCAGGGGGAAAGCCUGGAAGAGGACCAAGAGGAUGUGGCUGCGAUCGACGACAACAAGAAAUGUGACUCUGCUAGCUUGGAGAAGGCCAGCAGCAGCUCCCUCUCCAUAGACCUUGUGGACAGCACCUCCACACAGACAGGGAAGGACGAGGCAGUGAAGGAAGGAGUGGGAAAGUCAGGAGAUUGGAAGCGUGGUUGCAAGAAGACCCUGAAGAAGAACAAGAUGGCUCCCUUUGGCACUGAUGAUACCGUGGCUGAUGAGCCGGGAAAACAGUGUCUCCUCCUGCGGAGUACAGCUGCCCUGGCAAACUUAUUUUGCUUCCCCUGCAAAAAGAGUGGUAAAAAGUUCAAGCCAUAAAAAGUUCAAGCCAUGA